CCCCUCGGGGUGCUGCGGGGCCCCUCGGGGUGCUGCGGGGGCACCUUUGGGUGCCGUCCCCGCCCCUCAGGCGGCCGUGUCCCCGCAGAUGGAGACGAGGAGCUGCUGCGGGGCCUCGAGGGGGCCCUGGGGGUGAAGAAGAAGAAGCGGGGCCCCCGCAAGCAGAAGGAGAACAAACCCGGGAAGCCGCGGAAACGGAAAAAAUUGGUGAGCGAGGAUGAGUUCGAGUCGGAGCGCGACGAGUACCGGGAGAAGUCGGAGAGCGGCGGCAGCGACUACGGCGGCGUGGCCAAGAAGAAGCGGCGGAAGCACCGCGAGAAGAAGGAGAAGAAGACGAAGCGGCGGAAAAAGAUGGACGAGGAGGGGGGGCAGAAGGUGAAGCCGGUGGAGCAGAAGUCGUCGGCGCAGCUGCUGGGCGCCUGGGGGCUGGAGGACGUGGACCACAUCUUCACCGAGGAGGACUACCACACGCUCACCAACUACAAGGCCUUCAGCCAGUUCAUGAGGCCCCUGAUCGCCAAGAAGAACCCCAAAAUCCCCAUGUCCAAGAUGAUGACCAUCCUGGGGGCCAAGUGGAGGGAGUUCAGCGCCAACAACCCCUUCAAGGGCUCCGCCGCCGCCGUGGCCGCCGCCGCCGCCGCCGCCGCCGCCGCCGUGGCCGAGCAGGUGUCGGCCGCCGUCGCCGCCGUGGCCCCCGAGGCGCCGCCGCCGCCCCUGCGCAAGGCCAAGACCAAGGAGGGGAAAGGGCCCGGGCACAAGAAGCGCAGCAAGAGCCCGCGGGUGCCGGAGCUGAAGCGGAAGCUGAAGGGCAAGAAGAUGGCGCCGCUCAAGAUCAAGCUGGGCGUCAUCGGCGGCAAGCGCAAGAAGAGCAGCUCGAGCGAGGACGCGGGGGAGGCGGAGGAGGAGUCGGACGCCGAGAGCUCCAGCGUGCACAGCGCCUCGGCGCGCUCCGACCCCGCCGCCCGCAUCAAGAAGCUCAAGCGGGGCCGCCCCGGCCGCAAGAAGAAGAAGGGCCCGGGGCCGGAGGAGGACGGGGACGGCUACGAGACGGACCACCAGGACUACUGCGAGGUGUGCCAGCAGGGGGGGGAGAUCAUCCUGUGCGACACCUGCCCCCGCGCCUACCACCUCGUCUGCCUCGACCCCGAGCUCGACCGCGCGCCCGAGGGGCGCUGGAGCUGCCCCCACUGCGAGAAGGAGGGGGUGCAGUGGGAGGCGAAGGAGGAGGAGGAGGAGUACGAGGAGGAGCUGGAGGAGGAAGGCGAGAAGGAGGAGGAGGACGACCACAUGGAGUACUGCCGCGUCUGCAAGGACGGCGGCGAGCUGCUGUGCUGCGACGCCUGCAUCUCCUCCUACCACAUCCACUGCCUCAACCCCCCCCUGCCCGAGGUCCCCAACGGCGAGUGGCUCUGCCCCCGCUGCACGUGCCCCGUGCUGAAGGGGCGGGUGCAGAAGAUCCUGUACUGGCGGUGGGGGGAGCCGCCCCCCCCCGUGGCCGUGCCCCCCCCCGAGGGGCCCCCCGAGGGCCCCCCCAAGGUGCUGCAGGGCCGCUCCGAGCGCGAGUUCUUCGUCAAGUGGGUCGGGCUGUCCUACUGGCACUGCUCCUGGAUCAAGGAGCUGCAGCUGGAGAUCUUCCACCUGGUGAUGUACCGCAACUACCAGCGCAAGAACGACAUGGACGAGCCGCCCCCCCUGGACUACGGCUCCGGGGACGACGACGCCAAGAGCGACAAGCGGGGCCGCAGCCAGGACCCGCUCUACGGCGGCAUGGAGGAGCGCUUCUACCGCUACGGCAUCAAGCCCGAGUGGAUGACGGUGCACCGCAUCAUCAACCACAGCGUGGACCGGAAGGGGCAGUACCACUACCUGGUGAAGUGGCGCGACCUGCCCUACGACCAGGCCACCUGGGAGGAGGACGAGAUGCCCAUCCCCGACUACGACCUCCACAAGCUGGCCUACUGGAAGCACCGGGAGGUGUUCAUGGGGGAGGAUCCUGCGCAGCCCCGGCGCUACAAGAAGAAGAAGAAGGAGACGCCGGGGGAGGGCCCCCCCGACUCCCCCACCAACGACCCGACGGUGAAGUACGAGUCGCAGCCGCGCUUCAUCUCGGCCACCGGCGGCACGCUGCACCUCUACCAGCUGGAGGGCCUCAACUGGCUGCGCUUCUCCUGGGCGCAGAGCACCGACACCAUCCUGGCCGACGAGAUGGGGCUGGGCAAGACCAUCCAGACCAUCGUCUUCCUCUACUCGCUCUACAAGGAGGGCCACACCAAGGGCCCGUUCCUCGUCAGCGCCCCGCUCUCCACCAUCAUCAACUGGGAGCGCGAGUUCCAGAUGUGGGCGCCCGCCUUCUACGUCGUCACCUACACCGGGGACAAGGACAGCCGCGCCAUCAUCCGCGAGAACGAGUUCUCCUUCGACGACAACGCCAUGAAGGGCGGCAAGAAGGCCUUCAAGAUGAAGCGGGAGGCGCAGGUGAAGUUCCACGUGCUGCUCACCUCCUACGAGCUGAUCACCAUCGACCAGGCGGCGCUGGGCUCCAUCCGCUGGGCCUGCCUGGUGGUGGACGAGGCCCACCGCCUCAAGAACAACCAGAGCAAGUUCUUUCGGGUGCUCAACGGGUACAAGAUCGAGCACAAGCUGCUGCUGACGGGGACCCCGCUGCAGAACAACCUGGAGGAGCUCUUCCACCUCCUCAACUUCCUCACGCCCGAGCGCUUCAACAACCUGGAGGGCUUCCUGGAGGAGUUCGCCGACAUCUCCAAGGAGGACCAGAUCAAGAAGCUCCACGACCUGCUGGGCCCCCACAUGCUGCGGCGCCUCAAGGCCGACGUCUUCAAGAACAUGCCGGCCAAGACCGAGCUCAUCGUGCGCGUCGAGCUCAGCCCCAUGCAGAAGAAGUACUACAAGUACAUCCUGACGCGCAACUUCGAGGCGCUGAACUCGCGGGGCGGAGGGAACCAGGUGUCGCUGCUCAACAUCAUGAUGGACCUGAAGAAGUGCUGCAACCACCCCUACCUCUUCCCCGUGGCCGCCAUGGAGUCCCCGAAGCUGCCGAGCGGCGCCUACGAGGGGGGGGCCCUGAUCAAGGCCUCGGGGAAGCUGCUGCUGCUGCAGAAGAUGCUGCGCAAGCUGAAGGAGCAGAACCACCGCGUGCUCAUCUUCUCCCAGAUGACGAAGAUGCUGGACCUACUGGAGGACUUCCUGGACUACGAGGGCUACAAGUACGAGCGCAUCGACGGGGGCAUCACGGGGGCGCUGCGCCAGGAGGCCAUCGACCGCUUCAACGCGCCGGGGGCGCAGCAGUUCUGCUUCCUGCUGUCGACGCGGGCCGGGGGCCUUGGCAUCAACCUGGCGACCGCCGACACCGUCGUCAUCUUCGACUCCGACUGGAACCCCCACAACGACAUCCAGGCCUUCAGCCGGGCGCACCGCAUCGGCCAGGCCAACAAGGUGAUGAUCUACCGGUUCGUGACACGGGCGUCGGUGGAGGAACGCAUCACGCAGGUGGCCAAGCGCAAGAUGAUGCUGACGCACCUGGUGGUGCGCCCGGGGCUGGGCUCCAAGGCCGGCUCCAUGUCCAAGCAGGAGCUUGAUGACAUCCUCAAGUUUGGCACUGAGGAGCUCUUCAAGGACGAGAACGAGGGGGAGAACAAGGAGGAGGACAGCAGCGUCAUCCACUACGACAACGAGGCCAUCGCCCGGCUGCUCGAUCGCAACCAGGACGCCACCGACGACGCCGACGUGCAGAACAUGAACGAGUACCUCAGCUCCUUCAAGGUGGCGCAGUACGUCGUGCGCGAGGAGGACAAGAUCGAGGAGAUCGAGCGGGAGAUCAUCAAGCAGGAGGAGAACGUCGACCCCGACUACUGGGAGAAGCUGCUGCGGCACCACUACGAGCAGCAGCAGGAGGACCUGGCGCGCAACCUGGGCAAGGGCAAGCGGGUGCGCAAGCAGGUCAACUACAACGACGCUGCCCAGGAGGACCAAGACAACCAAUCGGAGUACUCGGUGGGCUCCGAGGAGGAGGACGAGGACUUCGAUGAGAGGCCGGAGGGCCGGCGCCAGUCCAAGCGGCAGCUCCGGAACGAGAAGGACAAACCGCUGCCCCCGCUGCUGGCCCGGGUGGGGGGCAACAUCGAGGUGCUGGGCUUCAACACGCGGCAGCGCAAGGCGUUCCUCAACGCCGUCAUGCGCUGGGGGAUGCCCCCCCAGGACGCCUUCACCUCCCAGUGGCUCGUGCGCGACCUCCGCGGCAAGAGCGAGAAGGAGUUCAAGGCCUACGUGUCCCUCUUCAUGCGCCACCUCUGCGAGCCGGGCGCCGACGGCUCCGAGACCUUCGCCGACGGGGUCCCGCGGGAGGGGCUCUCGCGGCAGCAGGUGCUGACCCGCAUCGGUGUCAUGUCCCUCGUCAAGAAGAAGGUGCAGGAAUUCGAGCACAUCAACGGGCGCUGGAGCCUCCCCGAGCUGGUCCCGGAGCCCAGCGCCGACUCCAAGCGCUCGUCGCGCGCCUCGUCCCCCGCCAAGACCUGCAGCACCGACCCCGAGCAGAGCCGCACGCCCACCCCCUGCACCUCCAAACCCGCCACGCCAGCGCCCAGCGAGCGCGGGGACGGGAUGGGGCCACCCCCGGACAGGGACGACGGUGACACCCGGGACGAGAAGGAGCCCAAAGGUCCCGAGAAGAUGGAGACGGAGGCUCCCGUCCCCGAGGCGCCGCCGUCCCCGGGCGAUGGCAGCGAGGCCGAGGGGCCGAGGAAGGGCGAGGAGGAGGAGGGCCCCGGCGGCGAGCGGGAGUCCGAGGCCGAAGGGCCCCUGGCCCGCGACGAGCGCGGCGCCGAGGUCGAGAAGCCCCCCGGGGGGGAGAAGGGCGACGAGAAACCCCCCGAGGAGGAGCCCAAGGAGCGGCCGGGAGACCCCGACCCCAAACGAGAGGAGGUGAAGGCUGAGAAGGAGCCCAAGCUGGAGCCGCGCGCCAACGGCCGGCGGGAAGACAAAGCCGAGAAGCCGCGGUUCAUGUUCAACAUCGCCGACGGCGGCUUCACGGAGCUGCACACGCUGUGGCAGAACGAGGAGCGCGCCGCCGUCUCCUCGGGGAAGCUCAACGAGAUCUGGCACCGGCGCCACGACUACUGGCUGCUGGCCGGCAUCGUCCUCCACGGCUACGCGCGCUGGACGGACAUCCAGAACGACGGCGCCUUCGGGGUCAUCAACGAGCCCUUCAAGGGCGAAGCCUCGAAGGGAAACUUCCUGGAGAUGAAGAACAAGUUCCUCGCACGCCGCUUCAAGCUCCUGGAGCAGGCGCUGGUGAUCGAGGAGCAGCUGCGCCGCGCCGCCUACCUGAACAUGACGCAGGACCCCAGCCACCCCGCCAUGGCCCUCAACACCCGCUUCGCCGAGGUCGAGUGCCUGGCCGAGAGCCACCAGCACUUGUCCAAGGAGUCGCUGGCGGGCAACAAGCCCGCGAACGCCGUCCUGCACAAGGUGCUGAACCAGCUGGAGGAGCUGCUGAGCGACAUGAAGGCGGACGUCACCCGCCUCCCCGCCACCCUCUCCCGCAUCCCCCCCAUCGCCGCCCGCCUCCAGAUGUCGGAGCGCAGCAUCCUCAGCCGCCUCGCCAGCAAGGGCACCGAGAGCCACCCCCCGCCCACCUUCCCGCCGGGGCCCUACGCCACCCCCCAGAGCUAUGGGGGCACCUUUGGGACCCCCCCGGCCGGAGCUCUCCCCCCUGGGGGGGCCAACUACAGUCAGAUGCCGCCCGGCUCCUUCAUCACUGCCGCUGCCAACGGCCCCCCCGGUGCUGGUGAAACGGGAGCGCGAGGCCGAAGGGCCAGAGAAGAAGGAGCCGCGCGGGGGCGAAGUCAUCUGCAUCGACGACUGAGGGGGGGGCUGGCGGGGCCCCCCCCUCCCCCCCAGCCCUCCCCCCACACACCCGGGCCGCCCCCUCCCCCCCUUGGCGACGGCAGGGGUGGGAGGGGGAGGGGGGGAGAGACACUGCUGGAAUUGCCUCGUUUCACCCCAAAAGCUGGGGCGGGGCAGCACCCGGCGUGGGGGCGUUUUGGGGGGGGGGGGGGGUGACGAGGACCACUGCAACUAUAAAUAUGAAUAUAUAUAUAUAUCCCCGGUGGCGGGGGGGGCCCCGGCGUCCGGGUUGGCCCCAGUGUCCCCCCCGAGGUCCCCCGGUGUCCCCAGGGCCCCCCCCACCCCGGGGCUUGGGCACUUGUUUAACCGCAGCAGAAUAAAACCCGGUUCCUUGGC